GUUACUGCCAACUCUGCUGCUUGUACUUUACCUUCCCUUUGAUUCUAUGAUACAAUUCUGCAAUCCAAUCUCUACAUCCUUCAACCUACAACCUACCAUUUCACGUUUGGUAUUCCAUUUAACAAUAUUACCUUUAAAAUACCAACCAAUUCUACAUAACAUAUUUGCGAUACAACGUCGCCGACUCUUUGGAAAUAUUCAAAUCACUACACUGCAUACCUAGCCUUUCUCCCACGCCUCGACGCAAUUACAUCUAACCCCCACCAGUUGAACUUGAAAGAAUAGACAUCGCAAGAAUUCCAAGAAUUUCCACCCAAUAUGACGUCCCUUGCGGCGGGGAUAGUCGAUCCUACCAAAGCCGGCAAAUAUCCAGUCGUGCUUAGCGAUGCUCUACUCGGCAAAGAUCCAAAGGAUAUCUUUACUGGCGUGAGAUAUAAUCACAAGCCUUCCUUGUCAAACCCCACGGCGCCCGCUCAAGCACGAAUAAAACAGGCGUCUACAUCUUCCAAGAAAACCCCAUCUACGUACGAUCUAUCAUUUCAAGACGACGGUGGUCGCUAUCAAUACAAAGGUACACGCGGCGUCGAAGACAGUCAGUAUGUGCUGAUCUUCGACGCCACACGCGAGGUCUUUGUUCUGCACAAAGUGGACUCGAUGUUCAACAUGAAUCUAGUGCAGACACCCACCAACGACAACGCCCAGAGCCUGCGGCAAGAGUAUCCCCAGCUCGACAGCCAUAGCAUCAGCAGCAGCGCCAGGGCUGCCGGCCCUGCGACCGGCGGUAAGAAGUCUGCCAAGGUCGCCGGUGAGGAGAAGAAAACGACCGCUAAACCGCGAAAACCCGCCUCGAAAGCCAAAGAAGAUAAGCCAGCCUUGGUCAUGCCCGAGAAGAAACCGCCGCCGAAACCCACAGCCACAGCCACCAAGAAGCCGGGAAAGGCGUCCGCAGACGAGGACGAAGAUAGUUCUGACGACGAUCUGGGCCUUACAAUCGAAAACCCGGGAGGCGGGUCUUCGGGUCCUGCACGGGAUUUCUCUCCCGGCUUUUUAGAGAUUCGUCGAUUCUCCGAUAUCAUGCAUGAGGACGAGGAUGCCGACGGCGAGGAAGACGACGAUGAUAAUUUUGAGCAUUUUAAACUCCCCAGCCCUAUAAACCGACAGAUGCAGGAGACAAGUGUGAAUCAACAGCCAACACGAGCCGACGAAGACGAGGAGGAGGAAGACGACGAGAUGGAAGAUGUCCAACAGGAGCAGCCAGUUGAAAUCGAGGAGCCUGUUCUGGACGACGAGUCGGAGCUUGAAGCUGCCUUGAUGGCCGAACUAGCAGAGGCUGACCAAGCGGAAAGCGACGUUAGUGAAGAAGAGUAGUUUUUCAUUAAGAAUGAUUAUGAUUCGUCGUUAUGGGCAAAUUUGGUGAUAUUAUCUAUCCAGGUAAUUAGGGAUGACAUCGCUGAAUUCACGAACGGGAUAUCGGGUUAAUGUGGCGUCUGGUGUAUCGGAUACCACUUGUGCAAUUCUUGAUUUACGAAAUAGGAGUGAGGUAUACAUCUCUGGCGAAAAUCUUCUAGGGAAAGGGGGGACCUGGGAAAAUUUCUUCUAUUAUGGAAGAUGUUCUUCGAUGGGGAUGGUUGAAGCGAAUAUAGUAGUACAUACCUAGGUAGUUACUCAACGUCAACGUUAGAUGUCUACAAAUGACUGCGAUUUUUUUUUUUUUUUUGUUUAAUUAAGUCCAGAUAGAGCAUAUCUAACGUAGCUACCUAGGUAGCGAAUUAUAUUACAUCUAA